AAUUGCAAGGAUGCCACCAUUGCUGGGAAACCCCUUAAGGAGGGCCUUCAAGGCGGAGCUGGGGCCUAUAAACAUCACUGUGCAUUAGCCAAAGGAACUCUCGUAUCUAAACGCAUUCCAGUCAAAAAAAUCAUUAUAGGAGCUGUUAUUGUUCUGGUCGUUGUUUUGAUUAUCACUAUAAUUUUAUUGGCUGUUAAAAAACCAAAAACAUGUUCUCAUUGUCCUUCACUUCCAAGCCAAAGCGUUGUCUGCCCGGAUAGCUGGAUUGGAUACAGAGGAAAAUGUUUCUAUGUAUCAAAAGAAGAAAAGAAUUGGUCUCUCAGUUUAACGACGUGUUCUUCAUUUAAUGCUUCCUUGGCUGUUAUUGAUACUCAGAAGGAAUUGGAUUUUUGGGUGGAUAUAUUAAAUCCCUUUCAUUACUGGUUUGAUCUCUCAAGGGAAGCUAACAAGGUCUGGAAAUGGUCCAAUGGCACAGAGUUCAAAACUCGAUUUCCAGUGCGAGGAGAAGGCCUCUGUGCUUACAUAGAUGCAAAUGGGGCCAGUAGUACCAUAUGCUCCAUGGAGAAAAAUUUUCUCUGCAGCCAUCCAGAAAGCUAUAGCAAAGCUGGAUGA